AUGGCUCGGGCAGGAGGAAUAACAAACGCAGUGAACGUUGGGAUAGCGGUCCAGGCUGAUUGGGAAAACCGCGAAUUCAUCUCCCACAUUUCUCUCAAUGUUCGCCGCCUCUUCGAUUUCCUUGUCCAAUUCGAGGCUACAACAAAGAGCAAAUUGGCAUCACUGAAUGAGAAGCUUGAUGUAUUAGAACGAAAGCUAGAACUUCUUGAAGUUCAAGUGGGUACUGCAUCAGCCAACCCUUCUCUUUUUGCUCGUGAUGCUUAG